AUGGAGUGGGGUGGCGACGAUGAGGACCUCUCUCUUUUCGACGCGGACGACGACGAUUUCCGCGAAGCUGCCGAAGUGCGGCCGGCCCUCCUUUCUUCAAUCGCCCGGCCGGCGGCGCCCUCCGCGCAGUCUGCCGUCGCAACUUCCGCCGCUUCCGCCGUGACUCCCGCCGGAAUUCUAGCGGCACCUCCCGUUCUCGCGAUUUCCGAACCAGCCCAGCCAUCGCAAGCGGAAUCUAUUCCCGGGGCUGCUCCGAAGCUGAUUGGGGAGGGUCGGAUUGGGAAGUGGGAGAUCGGCGGAGCUAGCGGAACAGGCGGAGCAGGCGGGGAAGAAGCGGAGGAGGGUGGGGGUAGGGAGGGAGAAAGCGGUGCAGUGGAAGAGAGUGGGUUUGGAAGGGAUGCAGAGGAGGACGAAUCGCACAGAGAGGGAGGCGAAACGGAGAAGGCUGGUGAAAGGGAGGAGAGCUUGUUGGAUGGAGAAAAGGGAGAAGUGGCGACCAGGUUGGGUGAAGAAGAGGAGGCGAGUGGGUUGUCGCAUGUGGGAUCUGCUAACGAAGACUCUCCUAACGGGCUUGCUGCUGAUAGCGAGGGGUUUACUAAUGAGGAUGAGUCGGAACAGGAAACGGGCGGGCGGGAAGGGGGGAUUUCCGCAGCAACCCCAGAUGCAGGUUCGCUGAAGGAAGAAUGGCAGCAGCAGGUGGAUGAGUUGAAGACUGCUUUGGCCCGGGAGAAAGAUGCUAGAGUGGCUGCAGAGGAGCAGGCGAAACGGGCAGAAAGAAAGGCUUCUUGCGCGGCCGAGGAAGCUGCCCGGGCGGCGGACGGGCAGCGGCGGGCAGAGGCUGAACGGGCAGAGAUGGAAAGAACGAAGGCUGAGAUGCUGAAGAAGCUGCGGCAUAUAGUAGAGGAGGCGGUGAAGAGAAAGAAGGAGGCGGAAGAGGAGAAAACCGUUGCCGAAGCUGCCGCCGCAGCUGCGGUGAAGGAUCGGAACGAGGCUCGGAAGGAGCGGGAUGAGGCUCGGGGAGAGAGGGACGGGGCCGUGCAGGAGAAAGAGCGGGCGGUGCAGGAGAGAGAGGCGGCUGUCGGUAAACUGGAGCGGCUUAUAAAGGAGCGAGAUGGAGCGGUUAGGGAGCGGGAGAGUGCGGUGAAAGAGAUUACGAAACGGUUGAGUGGUGAGAGGGACGCAGCGGUGAAGGAGAGAGAGGUGGCAGUGUUACAGAGGGGGGCGGCUGUGAGGCAUGUGGAGGCGGUGGAAGGGAGUGUGCGGCGUGCUGUGGGGAGAUUGGGAAGGGAAGCGGAGCGGGUUGAGAAGUUGUUUGAAGGGAUGUUUGGUGUGAAGAUGGGUGGCGGGAGGAUGGGUGAUGGGAGGAAGAAUGAUGGAGAAGUGGAGGGAAGCAGUGGUGGUAAUGGUGGUGGUAAUGGAGUGAGUGGUACUGGUACUGGUACUGGUACUGGUACUGGUACUGGUAGGGGGGGGAGUGCCACUGACGAGGCUAGCCCUGCUAAACAAGCAACAGCAGCAGCGGGAGCGGCAGGGGCAGCAGGGGGAGCAGCAUCAGCAAAAGCAGCAGCAGAAGAUGAAGAAGACGUGGUGGCAAGGUUUGAAGCAGGAGUGCAGAGGGUUUCAGCGGUUAUCGAGCUGGCAGCUAAGUCCAUGCGACGGCAAAGAGAGGAGAUGGAGGAGCGAGCAGUGGCAAUGGCUGUGGAGGUUUCUCAGUUAGAAUCUGAUGUUGCUGAUGCGAAGAGGGAGGUUGAGAGAGUGAGAAAGGAAGGGGAGGAGGAGGUGGAGCGAGUGAGAAAGGAGUGGGAGAGGAGGGUUGAGGAGGGGAAGGUGGAGGGGGGGAGAUGGAGGGCGGCUGCUGAGGAGGCGGAGAGGAGAGUGAGGGAGGUUGAGGAGGAGAGGAGGAGGGAGAGGGGGAGGGUGAAGGAUUUGGAAAGGGUGCGAGGGGAGUUAGAGCGGUUGAGAGAGAAGGUUGGGAGGAGCGGAAAGAAUGAUGGUUCAGUUGGAGAGGGGGUAGAAGGUGGGGAACGGAAUGAAGGGAAGGAGGACACGGAAGGGAAGGAAGGGAUGGAGGAGGAGGGGAGGGAGGGAAGCGUGGAGGAGAUCAAAUGGGUGGAGAGACGGUUGGAGGAGGCUGAAAGGGCGGAGAGGGAGAUAGAGCUGCUGCAGCAGCAUGUGGAGGAGGAGAGGAGGGAGAGGAAGGAGGAGAUGGAAAAGAGCAGAAUUGAGUUGCAGCAGGUGGAAGGGGCAUUGCGCAAGGAGAGGGAUGUGGGGAGGCGAUUAAAGGAGACAUUGGAGGGAUUGCAGAGGGAGGGGUUGCGGGCCGCAGAACAGAUUGCAGCUCUCCAAGCAAGUCUAGCUGAGUGUGAGGCGGAGGCAGGCCGAUGGCGCGAGGCGGCCAAGGAGGAGGCGGCAGCGGGGAGUGCAGUGGCUGAAGAGAUGGAGGAGAUGCGCGGGCAGCUUCUUACCCUGGAAGGCGAGGCCGAGAAGUGGCAGAGGGCAGCAGAGGAGGCACAAGCCAUGCUGACGUCACGCGACGAGCUGGCAGCAGCAGCAGUUGCCGCCCGGGAAGCCGCAGAGCGGUCGCUCCGGGCGGCAGACAGGCGGGUGGCGGAGUUGCGUGAACGAGUGGAGGAAUUGCAGCAGCAGCUAGAAGACGAAACAACCCACCGUAGUGGAGCUAGGGGGGCUGAGAAUGCAGGUCGGGGAUGGGGGUUGAGUGGAGUGUGGGGACCAGGAGAGGGAAGGGGCGGGAGUGUGGUGGGGACAGGGCAAGGGGGAGGGGUUGCUAGCCGGCUGUGUUGCUGUUGGCCUUGGUUGUCAGUGGGAAGAGGGAGAGGAAGAGGAGUGAGUGGGGAGUCAGGAGGAAGGGAUGCAGAUGAUGAUGAAGGUAGUGCUUUGGAACAGCUGAUGGUGCCACUUGUUUGA